CCUAAAUCAUCCUGCGGUAUCUAUAGAAACCGAGGCAAAUUCAAUGGGAUAUUGAAAUAUUCCGGGUCGAACCAGUGCAGAGUCUUUUAUUAGUUUUUCAUGUGCAUUCGUGCAUGCAUAUUGAUGUUUUCCUGGCAGCGUCUGGUCAGUGACAGCCAAUACAAAAUGUCAUCGAGCUGGUGAUGCUCACACGUCUUGGUGGACAGACAUCACAACUCAUGGACUGCGUGAUCCUAUCCGCCAUUUUGAUCGUCAAUUAUGUCCGACAUUCGUAACCCGCCUGCUUAAUUGGUGUAUUCAUUUGCCGAGUGUUUGUUGUAACAGCGCGACCCGUCGGACCGUCGUGUUGGGGGGGGAGUGGAUGACAUUGCCGGGGCCGGCUAGCUGCGAGCUAACACCGCAGUCAGGAGCGGAGCAGCCCGCCACGGGCCUGCGGAUGACCCGCUGACAAGUCACCGAGUUGCCGUCCAGCCAGAUGCAGAGCACGGAACAUGACGUCUGAAAGCUAAGUGCGUGUGCCCCUGUUGUCAGCCAUGUUUUGGAAGUUUGACCUACACACUGCUUCUCAUCUGGAGGCUCUACUGGACAAGGAGGAUGUCACGCUUACCGAACUCAUGGACGAGGACGAUGUGCUGCAAGAGUGCAAGGCUCAGAACAGGAGACUUCUCCUAUUCCUGUGCCAGGACCAGUGCAUGCAGGAGCUGGUGCGUAAGAUUACUACUGAGCCUCCUGCUGGUAUAGAGGAGACCAAGCGAUUUAAGUAUUCAAAUAUAGCAUGCGAGCUAUUGACAAGCGAUGUGGGCGUCAUCAAUGACAAGCUGGGCAAUGAGGAGCCUCUUCUGGACACCCUGUAUGCCUUCCUGGAGCAGCCCUCUCCUCUUAACCCCUUACUGGGAUCCUUCUUUAGCAAGACAAUUGGGAACCUCAUUGCACGGAAGACUGAGCAGGUGAUCAGUUUCCUGCGGGGGAAGGACGGGUUCCUUUCCUUAGUUCUGAAGCACAUUGAUACGUCGGCUAUGAUGGAUGUUCUUCUACGACUAAUCAGCUGCGUGGAGCCCCCUCCUCUUCGUCUGGAGACCCUGGCUUGGUUGAAUGAAGAGAAGUUGGCCCAAAGACUUAUAGAGAUCAUUCAUCCGGAGAAGGAUGAAGAAAGGCAGUCCAACGCCUCUCAGACUUUGUGCGACAUUAUUCGUUUAAGCAGAGACCAGGCUAAUCAGCUUCAAGAGAUGUCCCAGCCUGACCCUUUGCUGACCGUGCUGGAAUCGUACGUCACAGACAAUCAUGCUAGUGUUGUUUUAGCAGGAUAUAAAAUUGAUGUGGUCUGCAGGCAGGAGUGUGUGGAGCAGCUGCUGCAGAACAUGUUCUCGGGAGACCGAACUGAGAGCUGCAUUGUUAAUGGCAUUCAGGUUCUGCUCACAUUAUUGGAAAUCAGAAGGCCAGUUGUGGAUGGAGUAAUGGAUGCUCAGGGAUUUGAGAGAAGCUACACUAUUAACAGCAGCAUUCUGCUGGCCAUCCAGCCACACUUGGUACAUUUCCACCAGCUUCUCCUAGAGCCCCCGAAGCGAAGUCGUAUGCUGACAACUUUAGGUGUGAUAGAGGAACCUUUAGGGAACACGAGGCUGCACGUAGCCAGACUAGUGGCCUCUCUGCUCUACACCAGUUCUGCCAGCCACGCAGUCAUAGCACAGGAACUUUGCAGACUCAAUACAGUGGAUCUGCUUUUGAACUUGUUCUUCAAGUACACAUGGAAUAACUUCCUGCACCUCCAAGUGGAGCUCUGUGUUGCGGCCAUCCUGCGGCCCUGUGCCCAUGAAAUGAGACUUCAGCCAGCUGUAGGAUCCCAGGACAAGGUCAAGUCUCCUCAGGAUGCAUCGCAGGAGCAGGCUGUGACAGAAACGCCAGUCACCCCCGAAAACGCUGCACAUAAUUUAUUGGUGACUCAUCUGUUUCAGCAUUGCCGUCUUGUUCAGAGGAUUCUAGUCGCCUGGGAAGAGAACGAUAAAACACAAUCAGAAGGUGGGAUGAGGAGAGGCUACAUGGGACAUCUAACCAGGAUUGCCAAUACCGUGGUCCACAAUCUGGAGAAAGGACCGGUUCACACCCAGAUUAAUAAUCUCAUCUGCGAGCUGCCAGAUGACUGCAGGGGGCGCUGGGAGGCUUUUGUGGACCAGACGCUUUCAGAAACAAACAGGAGGAACACUUUGGAUCUGGUCGGCAGCGGGAAUCCACGUCCUUCCUCAGAGGACGAUAUGAUGGAGAGCCCUUUCCCUAAAGAACUGUCACUGCAGCAGGCAUUUUCAGACUACCAGAUUCAGCAGAUGACAGCAAACUUUGUUGAUCAGUUUGGCUUCAACGACGAAGAGUUCACCGAUCACGACGACAGCGUCGGGGCAACAUUUGAUCGAAUCGCAGAGAUCAACAUCGAUAUUGAUGUAGGCCAAGACAGUGCCAAUACAGCUGUGUUUGACGCCUGUGCCAAAGAGAGGAUUCAACCCUUUGAUGAUGAUGAUGACGAAGAGGACAUCUGGGAGGACAAAGAGAUUACCUAUGCAACACAAACCAAGUCGAGGAACAGAUUUGGUGGGUCACAGGCAGCUCAAGGGCAGGCAGCUGCUAGAACCUGUGAUAGGUCAACUACCGCUGCCACACAGGCCUCCGACAAAGCAACAGGCUCUGACUCGGAUGAAGGAGAGGAGCCAAAAGAUGACCUCGACCCCUUCUCCGGCCAGGCCGAGCCCACAAAGAACUCUGGAGACUGGAUUGCAGACUUUGGAGAGGUGAACUCGAAGGCUCCUGCUGCAGGCGUAGGUUUUGCAGCCUGGGACAAUCCCCAAACAGCAGCCACAGAGACGCCGGAGAAAGGCUGGGCCAAGUUCACAGACUUCCAGCCUUUUUGUUGUUCUGAAACGGGCCCCAGAUGUAGUUCCCCUGUGGACUCUGACCUCAGUGGACCCAACAGCACCAAACCAAAUCAAAACCCCUGCGUGUGGAGCGUGUGCGGGGCCAGGAAAGCGCCAUUGGCGUCAGACAGCUCCUCGUCCAGCAGCUCUGAAACCGACGAAGAAGAAAGCAAGACGGAGUCGACAUCCACUGAGACGGUAACCACGGAGACCAUCAACACAGGCGCUGGCAAGGAGACCAUUCGGCUCACCAUGGAUGCCAAGAAUGAGCGGGCUGUGUUCACCAGAGUAUUCAGACCAGCCAAUAGACGUCAAACAGAUAAGAUGGCAGAUGAGGACAAAGGAAAAGGAAAUGAGGCAGACAUGGAACCUGGGAGGAAACAUGGAGACUGUGCAGGCCCAGUGAACACUAGUCCUGCCCAGCAGUCUGCUGCUGUCAUACAAGAGAAGCAGCCUUCCACCAAUGGACCGGCCUAAAGACGCAGCAAAGUGAAACAAACUGGCUCAAGGGCGGACCAUUCAACAAACAGCCAUGCAUUCUUUAAAUCCUCUUAGCCCCCGUCAACAUUUUUUUUGUAUGUGUUUAGAGAGGUUGAGCUCAAACGGUCCCAGAUAGUCUGCCAUGAACUUCCAUUCACUGAACUGCGCAUCUAAAGCCAAAUCAAGUUACAUAUUAAUGGCGUGCACGCUGGGGAAAAAACAUUGUCAAGAGCGUGGCAAAUUUCUGAAUUGAAUCCGAUCCUGGUCCUGUAUUAAACACAUCUUUAGAGCGUUUGACUGUUGAUAGCAAAUAAAUUACAAAACUAUAGUGGCCAUCUUUGCUUUUGAGCAAUGUAAUUUACAUGCCAUGCAAACAUGUGGUCCAGACUUGUUUCGAACACUGAUUUUGUCCAUAGCAAGCCGGCCGUAUCGCCACUUCCUCCUUUGAGCUUUGCUGGAUUCCUUUAGUUUGUGUGUUUUUGUCUGUGCGUAGAUGAUGAUGAUGAUGAUGAUGAUGGUGUGUGUGUGUGAGAGAGCUCUGUCUGACAUGCAGAGUGUAAUCUCAGGUCAAAGAAGAGGUAUGCAGAUAAAAGGAAAGCACACCUGUGUAUCACACACAUACACAGCUCAUUUACACACGUGUAUGUACACACACACACAGACACACAAAUAAACAUAUACAUGCUUUCAAAAUGAUUUAUAGCCUCCAAAAAGACACAGAUGUGCAUGUACCCCAUCCUUAAAGCUGUGUCAAUGUAAUUGUGAAAUUUGCACCUGUAUUAGGUUGUGGCUACUCUUGGUAAUAUACAUGUAUACAGUAGACACACACACACAUAUCUAUAUAUAUCUAUUUUUAUAUAUAUAUAUACAUAUAUAUAUAUAUAUAUAUAUAUAUAUAUACACAUAUACAUACAUACAAUAACACUAUAUCUAUUUUUAAACAAAUCCAAUGUCUGAAAAGCUGUUUUGAAUAUGUGUGUGUGUGUUGUGUUGCAAUAAGGCAAUAAUGAAGUUUUGGCUAAUAUACCAGCAUCGGUUCCUGAGGAUUUUGUUGUGUGCUCAUCAGUUUUAGCUCAUUGGGCCAUCUGCUGAAUCAGGGAGAAAGUCAAUAAAGUUAAUUGCUUUCUGAGCUCAAAGGUUGGUCAAGUUGCCUUCUGAGAGGAAACACAAAGUUACUAUUAAUUGGCGUUUUCCUAAGAGGUUAUCAUUGUAGUAUUUACACUUUGUGAAAGAGAAAAAUGAGGGAUAAUACAUGACUAUAUAUCAAGAAAAUGAUUAUAUAUUUGGGUUAAACCUAACCUGCAGUGCAAGUGGCAAGAUUAUAUAUCCUUCCACUCGCCUCUCAUCAUUUUUCAGAGGAGAAGCGGUGACUUUAGUUAAAUAUUUGUUAAAUAUCUGUGGAACUAUAUUCAUAGAUUUAGAGAAUUUCACAGGCACUUCUUGAAGAAAUAAGCACUUCCUGGCUUGAUUUGAAUCUCAUGUACUUGUCUCACCCAUGCUCCCUUUUUGCAAGUCUUCCCAGCAGGUUUUUGUUUAAGGCUUCCAUAGUUGUUUUCAAUACACGUGACAGCGGUUCAUGUUAUAUUGGCUUUUUUGUUUCACAAAGUAAUCAGGGUAUGAGGUGGAAAACAGGGCUGAUUCAUGAGUGAAUACAGUACAGGCCAAACCUCAUUCAGUGAGUUUUCUUUAUUUUCAUGACUAUUUACAUUGUAGAUUGAUCAAAACUAUGAAUGAACACACGUGGAGUUAUGUACUUAAAAAAAAAAAAAAAAAGGUGACAUAACUACAAACAUGUUUUAUAUUCUAGUUUUUUAAAAAUAGCCGCCCUUAACUCUGAUUACUGCUUUGCACACUCUUGGCAUUCUCUCCAUGAGGUGACCACCUCUCAAAGCUCAUCCAGAGAAUGCCAAGAGUGUGUGAAAAAGUAAUGAGCAAAGGGUGGCUAUUUUGAAGAAACUACAAUAUAAAACAUGUUUUUAGUUAUUUCAGUACAUAACUCCACAUGUUCAUUCAUAGUUUUGAUGCCUUCAGUGACUAUCUACAAUGUAAAUAGUCAUGAAAAUAAAGAAAAGGUAUUGAAUGAGGUGAAGGUGUGUCCUGUACUGUACGUCAUUCUCAUACUUUGAAGUUUAGUGUGAGAGCUUGGUGUAAAUUAUCAGUGUAGCUGGGGCGAUACGAAUGUGUUAUGGCAUGAGGUAUGAUACAUAUGCCUCUAACAAUGCCUUUGUGUGUUGGUAUGUGCAUUAUGCUGCCUGUCGCUCAUUCCAAAGGUUCUGUGUAACACUGUGAGCGCAUGGUAGAAAAUAAAAGCUUUGUUGUAAAA